AUGCGGAAAGAAUUACAGGAAGAGUUAUCACUGGAAACGAUUAUGCCCCUCGAAUACCCGGACACUUGGGGCGCUGACAAAUACAGCAUUCUGAGCAUCAAGAAAGUCCAAAUUUUGUUCCAUGUACUCGUUGAUGGGAAGAGAUGUCUACAAAUUGGUGGUCGAUCGAGCGAAGAGGGGCGCGGUCAACUUCUCCGUGGAACCAGGAAU